AUGGCAGCACCGAAGGUGGCAUCUAAUGUGGCGUCUCUGUUCACCUGCCACAAGCUGUUCGCUGUGCGACCGGGUGGACACAGUGCAGGUGGACUGGCCGCGUUUAUCGACACCUUAGCUAGGAAUCAAUCGAUGCGACGGGAGACACUGAUUGUGUGCGCCAGGCGCCAGUUCUCCACCGCGACAGUAGCCAGCGGAUGCAGCAAUCGAAGCAACAGAAGUACCCGUAAACCCAGCAUCAUCGAAAGUGUAGCCUGUCGUGAAUAUAGCACCACUUCCAGCAAUCGUCGCGACGAAACCAACAGUGAUAUGAUGAGCAGAAGGAAUAGCAGCAGUAGUAGCAGCACGACCACCAGCAAUGCUCCGGAAGAAGUAAGCGUUCGGUACUUUCGCGGAUUGCCCCACGUCACCGUACCACUGCCCUCGCGGAACGAACGCUGCCAGUUCACGCUGCGACCGGUAACGCACUGUGUGGGCGACUUUCUCGACAUGCUGAAGGUGGAGGACCGUGGCAUCGACCGGGCAGCCAUUCUUAACCGUGAAGGAGUCCGGAUAGCGGCCGCGUGCUCCAUCGAGAACCUGAUGGACGACGAGUUUUGGCUGCAUCUGAACGACAGACAAUACUACGUUAAGCCACCGAAACGUGAAAAAAUUACCUCAGAAGAAAUCACUAGACUAGGCGAUGUACAGGCACUCGUGGCACAGCUGUACGAGGCACUGCACGUGGGCGAACAUCAGGUUCAGAAGGAACGAGAACUUAACGGCAAGCUGGAGCAGCUGAACGAAAAACUGGGCCCACUGGAAGCGAAAAAAACUGAACUAGACCAGAAGGCGGCACGGAAAACGAAUGCCCUGACCUGGGUCGGACUGGGCCUGAUGUCGGUACAGUUCGGUGUGCUUGCCCGGCUAACCUGGUGGGAAUACUCCUGGGACAUUAUGGAACCGGUGACGUACUUCGUCACGUACGGUACGGCUAUGGCUGCGUACGCUUACUUCGUCCUUACGAAGCAGGAAUAUCUGCUACCGGACGUGAAAGAUCGUCAGCAUUUGAUCACGCUGCACAAGGCGGCUAAGAAAGCGGGCGUCAACCUGGCCGAAUACAACGACAUAAAGCGACAAAUUGCGGAGAUCGAGCACGACCUGCGACGGCUGCGCGAUCCACUGUACAUGCAUCUGCCGGCCCCACCGCCAAAGACCAAAACGUUUAGCGCGAGCGAAAUCGCGUUUGCGAAAAAGCAGCAGCAGAAGGCGUCGCUGGAAAUGCAACCGUUGGUCGAUGCGGCUGCGGUCAAGAGUAAACACUAA